AUGAUGCCACAAGCUCAGCAAGAGCCUCGAAUAUCUCAGAUAAAGAUCUGUGGGACGAUCUCCCUCUGUUCUCUAGCCCCCAAGCUGCGUCACGAUGCGUCAAUUAUCGUUCCUUUGGUUGUGGAAGAAGAUACUAUCGAGCCUGUCCACUUCCGCACGUUGAUGAUUACCUUCCAUGAAGACUGUGACGCAGAGGAAGUGAAACAGAGGGCUCUCCAAAAUAGCUUGCACGUCAAGCUCUCACGCUUGUCACAGUCCAUGGAUCUCAGCGGACAGGGGAGAGCCCGCGACUUUGACGAGCCGCUGCCCGUCACUACGACUAUUGUUGCUUCGUAUGAGGCAUACACAAAGAAACAAUUCAGUGUGAAUUUGCCUUCCUUUGUCCGGGGUAGAGAAUCAGGGGCGCCUCUGGGGCGUCCCCCAUCAAGGUGCGUGCUGAGCGAUGAGACCUUGCACAGAGUGGGAAUCGAUAUCAUUAAACUCACGGACUGUCCUGCCGUUGAAGGAGGAGAGCUAAAAUUAGUGUUUGAAAGGGACCCGUGCGUGGCUUCUGUUGAGUUCGACCAAGUUGUCAGAAUAAUUGGUGACUCGAGAGAUCUUUCCUUGGGUCGGUCAACCACUGUCGGGGUGCCUCAACCAAGCUCGGAUCCAGAUGCAACGAAGAGAGGCCGGAAUAGCCCUAAUGAACAACCAUACUGGCGAACAAUUGCGGGGUUUGAAGAGGCAUACGAUUUGGCUGAGUGCCUUCCAAGCGAGACUGUCGCAGUCAUAGAUACUGGGAUCGCGUUCAAUCACCCCUCACUCCGGAAGAACAUAUGGAAAAACCCAGGAGAGAUCGCCGGAAAUGGGGUUGACGAUGAUGGAAACGGCUUUAUUGACGACGUUUACGGCUUUAACUUCAUCGAUAACGAUGGAGACAUGUCAGACGACAACGGUCAUGGUACCCACUGCGCCGGUAUCAUCGGUGGCUUGAAAGACAACGAAUCAGGUGCUCAGGGAGUCUGUGGUACCACCACCAUUGCCGGAUUGAAGUUUAUGGGAGCCAACGGCAGCGGUGCGACGUCUGACGCUGUGAAAGCCAUUAAUUAUUGCAUACAAAUGGGAAUUCGAAUCAGCAACAACAGCUGGGGGGGCCCUGGACGAACAGAUGCUUUAGAAACCGCCAUCUUAAAAUCUCAUAAAGCAGGUCAUAUCUUUGUCACUGCUGCCGGAAAUGCUGGACAAAACAACGAUCGAUCGCCUUCCUACCCCGCCUCAUACAAUUCGCCAAACAUUGUGGCGGUCGCCGCAACAGAUUCGUCCGAUGAAAUGGCUUCGUUCAGCAACACAGGCGCUCGAUCUGUACAUGUGGCUGCCCCAGGUGUGGCGAUCCUGUCAACGUAUCCUCCUGACGGCUUCAAGCACCUCUCAGGAACGUCUAUGGCGUCUCCCAUUGUAGCCGGUCUGGCAGCUUUGCUGGUGUCGCUGCCCUUUGAGAGCCACCUGGAUAUCAAGCAAGCCAUUAUGGAAGGAGUGGACAAGAUCCCAGCGACCCGCGGCAGGGUAAUCUCUGGGGGGCGCAUCAACGCCGAGCGUUCUAUCCUGUGGCUCGCAGAGAAGUUAGGACUGCAACGGCGUUCGUUCAGAAAAACAACGUCUCGCGGUCUGGUGCACACAGAUCGUAGCAGGGGCGAGGCCCUUAAGGACAACGAGGAACAAGGCUGA